AUGACUAAAGGUACUCCUUCUACUACUAUAAACGAGCUUUCUCACUUGCUUCACAUAACGCAAAUAGGUGGUUAUGGUAAAUACUUAGGACUGCCGGAGUCCAUAGGUCGUACUCAAACAUGGGAUACAGAGCAGCUUCGAUCUCUCUUUCAGCUGACUGAUGUACAAGAAAUAUUAAAACUCACCCCCUGUAUUACCAAUGUAAGUGAUUCUCCCUUUUGGCUUCCAACGCAACAUGGCUUAUAUACUGUCAAAUCCGGCUAUUCUGUUAUGCGGACGUUGUUCUGUCCCCUUCUCUCCACGCAUGAUGCUUUCUCUGUCAUACUGUUUAUUGGUUGGGAACUGUGGAAAGCACGGAAUAAACUCCUAUUCACAGGAAAACGGCUAAGCAUUGUGGCUAUUAUUAACAACGCUUUUCUGUAUCAUAAACUCUGGUGCCAGGUUACUGCUGAUGUAUCUGAUCAGCCUUCUCAAUAUCCAUGUUCCCCUAUGAGGAUGUUGCUUCCACAAAUAUCAGGUCCUCGUUCUCCAUCCUACUGUUAUAUUGCGUCUAAUCAACAAACUGGAGUUGCUUGGAUUCUCCAUACACCUGAAGGCCACCCCUUUAUGCAAGGCUCUUCCUCUAUGUCUCCACUCAAAACUCCGUUAGAAGCUGAAGCAUUGGCGUUAAGGAUGGCUAUCCAGGAAAUAACUAAGCUUCAUUACGGUCCUGUUAUUUUUAUGGGUGCCUGCUCACCAUUGUAUAUUCCGCUUAGCAAAUGUGAUGAAGCUCGAAAGCCCACUGACAUUCAAAGAUCAAUCGCAAUGAUUGUCCAAGAUAUCUCUCGUUUAUGCCAGCCGGACAAUCACACUUUUCAAUAUCUCCAUUCAGUAAGGUUGCUGUUUUGGCAAAGUUAUCUCGUAUCAACACACAAAGUUAUGUAG